AUUGGAAUAAUGAUUGGUUUUGCCGUGACAGCCUGUGUGGAGGCUGGUGUGAUGGUGAUCCUAUAUUCUGUUGUCCUGAAUGAGUUUGCACAACGCCUUCGUUGCCCUCAGUAUAUAGACAGGAACCCUCAUAGGUAUGCGACCUAUGGUUAUAAUAAUGAUGACUGUUACUACCGUUACUAUGGCUAUAGCUAUGGCUAUUACRGAAUGAGCUACUCCACUGCUCAAACUGGUGCAGCAAUCUGUUCUCUUAUGCUAAUUCUUGCUGUGGUGGAGUUCUUUGUGGCUCUUGCAUCUUCCAUUUAUGGCUGCAAUGCCUGCUGCUGUACUGGCCCUACGAUUCAGGCUCGACAGCAAGUUGCCUACAUUCAGCAGCCAGGUGGUAAUGUCCUUGUUGUGAACCCUCAUGGUGGUAUGAUCUCUGCUGGAACUACUGUUCAGACAGUCAGUACCUAUCCAGGACAGGUUCUGCCAGUCAUGCAGAAUACACAACCCCAGACAUUUGUCACAUCUCCUCAGGGGAUACCCCAACAUGGACAGCCAAUGCAGGCCUUCCAGGCUUACCCUGCAAGUAGUCAAGGUGGUGCAGGAGCUUAUGGUGUGCAACAACCCCAACAAGCUUUCCAGGGUCCUGUGAACAAGCAGGGAGAUCAGCCUCCUCCUUAUAACUCCAAUGAAUAGUUCGUUAGCAAAGGCCUUUAGUUUCUAUGUAUAUAUGCUGGGUAAACUUCCUGGGGGAGGGGUGUGCCGCCAGAACCUUAAAACCCUGACCCUAUCCCAGACCUAAAAUUUUGAUUUURCAUACCCUACCCAAGACUAAAACUAAGAAUUAUACACCCUAUCCCAGACGGAAAAGAUGGAAAAGGCGGUUUUUCAACAGAUUGCAAUCAAUAUUUACUAAC